AUGUCGCUGCUGCCUUCGAGGUUCAUAUACCUGUGUUUACAUUUUCUGGUACUCUAUUUCCAGCUACAGGAAUCCCAGCAGAGUUCUGCUGAUUUCAGGUUUUACAUCGAGAACUACACAAGGAACCCAGACGACCUGAGCCGGAGGCAAGUCCGGAUCUACCAGCUGUACAGCAGAACCACAGGGAAGCAUGUCCAGAUCUUGGGGAAAAAAAUCAACGCCAACGGAGAUGAUGGGGGCAAGUAUGCUCUUCUUGUCGUCGAGACAGAAACCUUUGGGAGCCACAUUCGAAUAAAAGGAAAAGAAAGCGAUCAUUAUAUUUGCAUGAACAAGAAGGGGAAAGUAGUUGGAAGGCCCGAUGGAAGGAAGCAGGAGUGCGUCUUUGUCGAGGAAUUCCUGGAGAACAACUACACAGCUCUAGUGUCGGCUAAGUACAAAGGAUGGUACCUCGGCUUCAACCGACAGGGAGGGCCCAAGAGAGGCUCGCGGACCACACAGAGGCAACAGGAAGUCCAUUUCAUGAAGCGCCACCCAAAGGGUAGGGUGGACCCACUGGAAGAGUUUCGAUUCACCACAGUGACUAAGCGGACACGAAGGGCUCGCCGAUUAAAACCCAACCCCAAGAGGAACUGA